AUGCGAUUUGUCGGGAUUUUGGUGUUAGUUCUAGCACUCUGUGUUUUUGGCCAGUCGAGCGGAUUUUGGAUGUCGACUCUCUACCGUGUCGAGGAGCGAGCUGGUGAGAUUGAGAUGCGUUUACAAGAAGUAGAAGAUCAAGAGCGUCACAUUGGGAACAUGAUUGAUGAAAAUGUUCUCGAUCUGAAGAAUUCGAUAACUAAAAAGCAGAAGUACAUAAUAGGGCGUAAGAUCUCACACUUGCGUUCACAGUUAGUUGUUCUUCACACACGAAAAUUAGCUAUGAUGCGAACCCUUCGGAAGAUCAUUAAAUCUCUUCCUCAUAAGUAUCAAAAACAAAUGAUCCGAAGAGUUCGUUUGGAGAAGCGUUUCUCUUCCAUUCGCGACAUCACAAAGGAAGCGAAACACAUUUUGAAGCCUGACUUUAAAGUCCAUCACAAGGCUUCUAUUAAAAGGACUUUGAAGAACAUGGGCCAUGGCUUAGCAGAUAAAGUCAAGAAGAUCGGGAAAAAGUAA